UACCAGGUCUGGUCACACUUAGCUGGUGAAGUAUCUUUGGAAGAAGAGUUUUUCAGGAAUUUAUUUAUAAAACAUAAAUAAUCGUAUCAAAUAAUUACGUACAUACGUUAUAAAUGUUUGGAAACACGUUGUUGGUGUUUUGUAUAAUAGGAUAGUUGAAAAUAGAGCUCAAAUGGCUGCGAACAACAGCAACAUGCACAAUUUGGGAGCGCUGCAGGUGCCGCCGUCGGUGAUCGCCUCCACCGGCUCAGUGGGCUCCAUGAUGCAGCCGAGCACCAGUGCUCAGAGUGCCUGGGAUCASUUGACGGCGAGUGCCUCUAAUAAUAUGACACCGUCGCCUACAUCGUCGACGGCAACAACAACGGCAGCAGCCGCGUCUACAUCGGACGCAGCUGGACACAUGAUGAGCGCUGGUAGCUCACCGGUGCCCAGCUGCUCGUCACCAUCGACGCCGACAAAAUCACAUCAUGCGCCACCCACGCUGGAGGCAAUGGCUCACACGCCGCAGGGCCCACCCACUCUCGGACCUGGUGGCUAUGGAGAGGAGUUGACAGGCGAACUWGUUAAUCAGGGGUGGCGYAAGUUCUGGUCAAARCGUGAGAAUCGACCGUACUACUGGAACAAGGUCACUGGCGAAUCGCUGUGGGAAAUGCCAGGCGCACGUCCCUUUGAUCCACUUACGGAUCCGUUGGGCAUCUGCCAUGGUGGUGUUGGCGGUGUUGGUGGCCCAACGCCCAUGACGCCUCAUCAGCAGCAACAUCAUCAUUUGAAGCGUCGACCCUCGGAUGACAUGCACAUACACCCGCACCCGCACCAUCAACAGCUGCAGCAGCACCCCAUGGGUCCGCAUGGCGGGCCUCCCAUGAAGAAGUUUGUGCUGGCUGGUCCCUGGGAUCUGGAGGUGUGCACCAAUGCAGUGAUUGUUGAGCGCCCACCCACGUUACUGCCGCAGCCGCACCCAGAGAUCGAGGCUUUACGCGCUGCUUUUACCAUGAAGCUGCUCAAGACAUAUGAGGAUCUUUGCAUGCGCAGGGAGAACAUCAAGGCGCCGCGGGACUCCUUCAAUCGCUGGCUCAUGGAACGAAAGGUCAUAGACACCGGCUGCGAUCCGUUGCUGCCCAGCAACUGCGUGCCUGAAAUCUCCAGUUCCAUGUAUCGGGAGAUUAUGGCCGAUAUACCCAUCAAG